GCGGUGUCCAAAUCAGGGAGCACAUGUGACUGAGUGCACAUUUAACAUCCCUGCGGAAGAUUUGAACUUUUAGGAGCACUUCUAAGAAGAACUGAAGAAGCAACAGAAACAGGUAUUUUAUGAGCAAAGUGCAUGUGUGCACACGGCAUACGCAACAACAGCGUACGCAUUCCGCAUUGACAGUUUUCUCAUUUUAAGCUCCAGUCUGUAGUUAGAUUGUUCCAACUUUGUCUAAGAUGGAAUCGGUGACAUCACAUGUCGACGAAUUCUUCCCAAUCGCUCUGCGAGACUCCAUAUCCAUGCGCCCAUUGAGAGUAAAUGACGCCGAGCUUUUUUUCUGCGCUUUGGACAAAAACAGAGACUUCUUCGGCAAGUUUUUGCCCUUUGUCGCCGACACGACCGCUGUCCACCACACUUUGGAAUUUAUCAAACUUUCCCAGGAACAGGAGAAGAAUGCAACCGGUCUAACUUGUGGGAUCUUCAAAGAACACGGGUCUGAAAACCAACCUGUUGCUGAAGAGGCAAUUGGAGCUGUGGGGCUGAAGGAAAUAAACCUUCAAACUAAGAAGGCAGAAUUGGGUUAUUGGCUGGCAGAAGACUACAAUGGUUCUGGCCUGUGCACUCUGGCCUGCAAGAACUUAAUUGAACAUGGUCAGACUAUCGGGAUACAACAGUUUGUCAUUUACACAGCGGAGAAUAACUUCAAGAGUCAGGCAGUAGCCCGUCGGCUUGGAUUUCAGAAACUCCCUGGGAUAAUCGAGAAUGCAGAAGUUGUCAAUGGUGUCUCCGUUUCACAUUUAGUUUUUGAACUAAGACUGCCAGAGACAUUACAGCACUAAUUGAAUGUUCCCUAGGUAUGGUGCCAACUGGCCUGCUGAUCUUGAUGAUGAAAAAACAUUUAGUUUUUCUGUUAAUGUUUGAUUUUUCAUAAACAUUUCUUAGCGAGUUAUUUUAUUAAUUUGUAUUUCUCUUUGUGGUUUGUGUAUAAAUCCGCAUGUAUUUGGUUUAUAAUUUAGUUUUUGUUUAAUUUUUUUUUACAUGUAAAAUGACAUCAAAAUAAAUGUUCAAAUGAACCACAAUGGGAAACUGACUAGGGGAAUUGUAAAAAUUGUUGAAAAGUUGAACAAAGACAUUGACUGGAGCGGGGCUUGAACGGACGACCUCUGGCUAACCGUUCUGGUGCUCUACCAACUGAAUGAGCUGUCCAACUUGCGGUUCCCCAAUUCGUCAAUUCAUCAAUAUCUUGGAUACUGACGAAUUGGGGAACCACCAACAUAGGGCACUGGAAUGGCAAUGGGGCGGUUGUAGGUUCAAAUUCCACUCCAGUCGAUUUCUGUGUUCAAAUUUUCAACAAUUACUGUUUUUGUUAUUUUGUUUUCUUCAAAAGAAUGCAACACAUAACCUAACUUGUAUACAAUGUAUACUGGCAUUUAGCCAGUUGUGCAUGGUUUUUCCUAUAUAUUUUGGUGAAAUUUUAUGUAAAAUGUGAUGACGGUUGGGACGUUCCGACGGACAAAAACAAAGGUAUAAGAAACCCAAAGAACAGUCAACAAUAUUCAAUUCUUCACAGUAGUUUUAAUCUUCUUGUUAGUUGUAAUAGUUUAGUAUUAGUGUAGUUCAGCAUCGUACACGACUGACAUUACUGGAUGAUGCUACUAAGAUGAUUAUUAAACCAAACUCACACAAAAGAAGUACUAACAAACUUUUGAAUAAUAGCAUUUUUCAUUAUAAACAUACUUAACGAAAUAUUUGAAUGAGAUUGUCAUGAAAUAAAAUAAUGGGCUGACGAAAUUUUAGCAAAGAGUCAUUGAAGUAAGUACAGUUAUCUUACCAUAUAUACACAUAAAAUCUAAUAUAUACAGCUUUUGCGUCCUCAGAUCAGUUCUCCAACAUUGUUGGUGAGUUAUUAGCAUAACACUUUCAUUUCACAUUUUAUUUUUUUCAUACCUUAAAAAGUCGUUUCUAAUCUUUUUUUCUAAUCAAAGUUAAGAUUUUAGCCACUUCUUUUUAAUUUACAAUUGUAAAGAAAGUUAUAUUAAAUGUAAGCUUUGAAAACAUCUACAUGUAUUGUACAAAUGCUAGUUUAUUGCUCAGUGUUUCAAAGGAUAUCGGAUUCCAACGUGAAAAAAGUGAUAUUUUGUUUGAAAGUCAUGAAAGGCACAGUGGUGUCAUACUCAUACGUAUGUGUGUAUACUUUAAUAUAUAAUGUGCAAAAGGAGACAGAACAGUGCAAAAUCUAUUCGCCAUUUCUACAUAUGUACAUUUUCUUUUUUUGCCCCAAAAAAGCAAAGUUGGGCAUUAAACACAAAUCCACAUAUUUCA